CACAGUAGAGCUGCAACUUUACGGUAUCUACCAUACGUGUCUAAUAAUCUGAAAAACAGUGAUUGUGAUGUAAAAAUAAAUGGACUUUAAUCUAGUUUAAAUUUUGCUGUUUCAUUACGAAGAAAAACAUUUAUAAGUGCAGGUCGACACUCAGAUUCGUCAUUUUCUGAUUUACUUCAAUAAUUUCACGCUGACAUAAUGAAGCCAGAAUUACGUUUCGUCGAUCGCGUAGUUAUAGUAACCGGAGCUGGAGCAGGUUUGGGCCGUGCUUAUGCCUUGCUUUUUGCUUCAAGAGGUGCAAGUGUUGUCGUAAAUGAUCUAGGAGGAAGCAGACACGGUGAUGGAAACAGUUCUAAAGUUGCUGAUGCAGUUGUCAACGAAAUUAGGAAAAAUGGUGGAAAGGCAGUGGCCAAUUAUGACUCUGUUCUUGAUGGUGCAAAAAUUGUCAAAACAGCUAUCGGUGCAUUUGGACGCAUAGAUGUAAUUGUCAAUAAUGCUGGAAUUUUAAGAGAUAAAUCUUUUUCUAAAAUGUCAGAGACUGAUUGGGAUUUAGUGCAAAAUGUUCAUCUAAAAGGUGCAUUUAAAAUCACUCAAGCUGCUUGGCCUUAUUUUGUUAAACAAAAAUAUGGCAGGAUAAUCGUGACAGCGAGCAACAGUGGCUUGUAUGGAAACUUUGGCCAAGUGAAUUACAGUGCAGCAAAAAUGGGUCUUAUUGGCUUAGCUAAUACAUUAGCUAUUGAAGGCCAAAGCAAGAACAUACAUACAAAUAUAAUAAUACCAACAGCUGCUUCUCGUUUAACAGAAGAUGUUUUACCACCAGAAAUUUUUGAGCAGUUAAAACCUGAAUUAAUAGCUCCCGUAGUUGUUUGGUUGUGUCAUGAAAAAUGUAUGGAAAAUGGCUCUAUUAUUGAAUCUGCAUUAGGCUGGGCAGGAAAAUGUCAUGUAAUUCGUUCAUCAGGAUCAGUAUUAAGACCAAAUUUGUCAAGCAAUGUCACUCCCGAAGAUGUCGAAGAAAGAUGGUCAGCUAUUACCGAUAUGUCUACUGCUAAACAUUUUGAUUCUAUCGCAGAAGUAACAGGAGAAUUUUUGGUUACUAUUGAUGCAAUGAAAUCUGGAAAUUUUGACCCACAGAAUAGUGUCAUCGUCAAACGUUCUUACAAUGAGCGGGACAUUAUAUUAUAUGCGUUAGGAGUUGGUGCUUCUGUUCAAAUACCAACUGAUUUCCGUUACUUAUAUGAAAAUGAUAGCAAUUUUGCUGUAUUGCCUACAUUCCUUAGUACAUAUAGUUCUUUAUUCAUUGAUCUGACCAUACUGGAAAAAUCGCUACCAAGUGGUGAACUAAAUCCAAUGAAGAUAUUGCACGGAGAGCAAUAUGUGGAAAUUUAUAAAGAAUUACCAACGGAAGCUACAAUCGAGACACGUAUGCAAGUUGUGGAUGUACUAGAUAAGGGAUCGGGUGCUGUAUUUGUAGUACAAAAUGAAACGUUUGAUACCAGCAAUGGAGAUAAAUUAUGCACAACACAAAUGAUAUUAUUCGUAGUGGGAGCUGGAGGUUUUCAAGGAAAGCGAUCAUCUUCAAAAAUCAUACCAACUGCCGAAGCACCUAAUCGACAGCCAGAUGCAUCAGUUACUCAACAAACAAGUCAUGAUCAGGCUGCAUUAUACAGAUUAAGUGGUGAUAAAAAUCCUUUGCAUAUCGAUCCAAACGUAGCAAUGAUAGCAGGUUUCAAACAACCAAUUCUACAUGGAUUAUGUUCUCUUGGUUUUUCUGUCCGUCAUGUUCUUCAAACUUAUGCAAAUGGUGAUCCAAGCUUUUUUAAGGCCGUAAAGGCACGUUUUGCGAAACCAGUAAUUCCAGGGCAAUCACUGCAAACAAAUAUGUGGCAAGAAGGAAAUAGAAUACAUUUUCAAACAUCUACUGUAGAAGAGAAUCUACCAGUUAUAACAGGUGGUUAUGUUGAUUUAAAACGCACGAUGCCUACGCAAUUGACAGUAAAUCGUUUAUCUGGCAGCAAUCCUAUGGAAAGUGAUGCAGUGUUUGCGACAAUUGGUGAAUACGUGAAAGCAAAUCCGGAACAGGCAAAGAAAAUCAAUGGAGUAUUUCUUUAUCACAUUUUGAUGAAAGGGGAACCUCAAGCAACAUGGACUUUAGAUUUGAGAAAAGGCGAAGUAUAUAAAGGAGGACUAAAAUCAGGAAAACCUGAUGCAACAUUAACUCUUGAGAAUGAAGACAUGAUUCAAAUAGCUUUGGGUAAAUUAAAUCCACAAACGGCGUUCAUGCAAGGAAAGUUAAAAGUCGCUGGAAAUCUCAUGCUUAUACAAAAGUUAGCUACACUCAUGGAAGCAAGUAGAUCAAAAUUGUAAUAUUGAUGCAUGAUUAGCAUUUUGUUGAAAUAUAUAAUUACCUAUGUUAAUUUUUAUAAUAUUUUUUAUUCACUUUGGAGGUGAGUUGUAUGGUUAGGGAUAAAAUACAACAUAAAUAUGAAUACAGUGUGUGCUGCAAAUAUGGAAAUAUAUCUGUAUAUUCACAGUUGUAAUAAAUUCAAAUUUUAUAUUGUUUCUAA